CUCCUUCUUCCUGUUCUUUGUCUGUUCCUUCGUCUUCUGUUCCUUCUUCCUGUUCCAUUUCUUCGUCUAUCUCUCCCCCUUCCAUCUCUCCUGAUCCUUCUCUCUCUUCUCCCUCCUCCGCCAUAUACGUGAAUGGACACAAAAAAGAGGAGCUAGAGAGAAAAGAGGAGAAAGAGACAAAAGAAGAGAAGGAAUUGGAGAUAACAGAAGACGAGGAAGACGGUGAUAAAGGAGGUGAAGAGGAAAAGAUGGAGGAUGUGUUAGAAGAUAACAAAUCAAAGGACAAGAACGGAAAUGUGGAGAGAGAAUCGCAGAAGAAGGAGGAUAACGUAAUAAAGAGUAGAAACGAAGAAAAUGACAAGAAUCAAACAAAGGAAUUUGACACAAACGAAGAACAUAAAACAAAAGAAGUCGAGAAGAAAACGAAAGAGGGGAAUGAGACAAACACGGAUAAAGCAACGGACUCAGAGAAGACAGACGAUAGUACAAAGGAGAAAAAUGGAUACCCCGAAAGGGAAACAAAGCAACCAGGUGAUAAACAUGAGGAGAAGAAGAGAAACGCAGACUUGCCUCAGCCACCGAUCGGAGAAAAGCAGUUGAAGGAAAGCCGAAGGGUUGUGGCGGCUUUGAACCAGCAGCUCAGGGGAAAGAGGCCAGUCAGGAGACAGCUGUGGGAGGUGGAUCAUGUGAAGCUGGACAUGGACCUCGAGGCCGAGCUUGAGCAAGCGGAGGAGGAGGACUCGUCGAGGUUCAGAGAGACGUGGGAAGAGCUGCCUCCCCAACGCCUCUCCGACGCCCCGCGCUGCUAUCAUUCUCAGGUCAGAUUUAAAAAAAUAUAUAAAAUUGAUAAAUUGAUGAAUGGAUGAAUGAAUUAAAUUAAUGAAUAAUGCUUAAAAAAAAGAUAAAU